AUGACAAUAUUUAUGAACAAAAAAGACGAAAACGAAGGUAAGAUUCAUCUAUCUAUCUAUCUAUCUAUCUAUCUAUCUAUCUAUCUAUCUAUCUCAGAUUGUUCAUAUCUAUCUAUUUACAUCCAUUUAAAUUUAUUUCUGUUCAUAUCUAUCAACCUCUGUGUUCCAGUCUAUCUAUCUAUCUAUCUAUCUAUCUACUAUCUAUCUCUGAUUAUAUCUGUCUACGUCAGAUUGUUCAUAUCUAUCUAUUUAGAUCCAUUUAAAUUUAUUUCUGUUCAUAUCUGUCUACAUCUGUGUUCCCGUCUAUCCGUCUAUCUAUCUAUCUAUCUAUCUAUCUAUCUAUCUAUCGCUGAUUAUAUCUGCCUAUCUCAGAUUACUAUCUAUCUAUCUAUCUAUCUAUCUAUCUAUCUAUCUAUCUUCGAAUCUAUCUAUCUAUCUAUCUACAUCCAUUCAUAUUUACUUCAAUGCAUGUAUGUUUAUGUCGAUCUUUCUCUCUGUUUAUUCAUCUAUCUCUCUUAUUCUUUUCUGAUUCAUUCCUUUUUUAAUUACUUUUAUUUUUUUCAUCUCAUUUCUUUCCCAUUUUCUCACUUUAAUUUAUUUUUCUUUCCAUUUUUUACUUUUAUCCUACAUUCCUUAUUUAUCUAUAGAUUUUUCUAUCUUAUUAUUCUUUCUUUCGAAUUUUGUUUCCUUUUUUACCAUACAUUUUUCUCUCACUUUCAAAUCGAUUAUUUCUAUUUUUUCUCCAAUUCUUUCAUUUUUUUUGUUUUUCUUUUCAGACAUUUUUUCUCUUUCAUUUUUAUUUUUCGUUCUCUCGAUCUUUUAGUUUUCAAAAUUUUCCCUUCCAUCCAUCACUUCUUCCUUCCUUCCCGCCUUCCAUCUUUUAUUUCCUCUUUUCGUUUGUUCUUUUCUCUCUUUCCCUCUCUCAUUAUUUUGUUUUGUUUUCUUUUUUUUUGUUAUUUCUUUGUUUCUUUCUUUACUUCAUAUGUCUUGAUUUCAUUCAUUAAUUCUUUUUAUUUCUUUCUUUAUUUCGUUAACUUUAAUUUCUCUUAUCUGCUCUUCUCUUGGUGCUUUAUUUCUUCUUCUUCUUCUUCUUCUUCUUCUUCUUCUCCUCCUCCUCCUCCUCCUUCUUCUUCUUCUUCUUCUUCUUCUUCUUCUUCUUCUUCUUCUUCUUCUUCUUUUUUCUUUCUUUAUCAUUUAUUCCAUUCCCUUUUAUGUCCAAGUUUUCCUUCGUCAGGGAAAAUAAUUUUCUUCUUAAUAUCUUCCUAUCUUGAAUUUUAUUCGGUCAAUAAGUUAAACGCUUUUUGCCAAAAGACGAAACGGAUUUCUGCUAGGCAUCAUGAAGUUUUAUUUCUCUCUCUCUCUCUUUCUAUCUCUCUCUCUCUCUCUCUCUCACACACACACACUAUUCUUUCCAGCUCUCUUUUCCCAGGAAUGUCUUUAACGUCUGAUACAAGCGUUGGAAAUGUAUUUAUUUGUACACCACUUUAA